AACGUGGCACAUUUUGAUUCGCUGUUGGAUUCCACCCCAUUCCCCACCUGUGUUCGUCACCUACCGGAACAUGAAACUUUCCCGUGCGAACGCUCUGCCCGAAGCUCCUCGCGUCACUUCUAACACCGCCCGUCCAGGGGCUUUGUAAACAUUUCGCCCACGCGCAUCGUUAGCGUCUAUAACGAACGCCCUUUUGUCUCUUUAAAAACAUUUUUUAAUUUCAAUGAUUCUCCCAGACUGAACUAAGAACUCUUUCAACUGAGAAACCUCGAAUCUGGGAAAUGGAGUUCAAAUUCAGAGCGGUCGAUAAGCGACCGCCGAAUUACCUUUCGUAUUCUUCUUCAAGCUUCAAUUACUUGUCGGGUCAAGCAUUUCGACCCAAUCCCAGGUUCGACUUCAACCGAAGCCGACCCGACCAGGUCCAGCGGGAAUUAGAGAAGGCACAAAUCAGGGAAGAGAUAAUCGCGUCGGAAAUCGCGCGUCGGAGAGCCUUAGAAGCCGAAGUGAGAAGGGAGAUGAUGGCGGAGAGAGAGAUGGCGGCCAUGCACAUGGCGAGGGAGACGGGCUUAUCUUUCGAACACAGGCUUACGAUGCGGCUCGACCCUAGGCGUCCUUUCAUGCAUCAUUUCUCUAACCACCACCGCUGGCGGAGUGAGGAGCGUUUGGAUUUGUUGUCACCGUUUCCGCCGCCUCCACCGCCGAUGUUGCCGCCACGGGUGACAGAGGUUUUGGACGCUGAGGUGAAGGCUACUUCGGAGGGAAACAAGAAUAAAUUGAUUAUACUGGCUAAGCCGGAUCCCAAUCGUGUUGUUGGAGCAAAGCGGAAAACACCACCUCUUGCGGGUGAACUGCCUCUGCCUUUAAUUAAUUUAAAGAAGAAACCGGAUGAGGAAUGGAGUUGUGCUGUUUGUCAGGUCAGCGCCACAAGUGAGAAAGGUUUGACUGAACACCUUCAAGGUAGGAAGCACAAGGCUAAGGAAGCAAGGCUCAGGGCUGAGAGGAUGGAGAAGAACUCUAAUGCCAAUUCCACAAGAUUACCAAAAAAACCCAGAAAGCGUCCCAAGAUUGCAGAGACAGAGACAGAGACAGAGUCGGAUAAGAAAUUACCUCAACUUAAUAAAAAUGUGGAUGGAUCAGACCAGAAACUGGAGGCAAGAGAAAAGUUAAAGAAUAAAGAGGACGAGCUGCCGAUUCAGAAAAAGGAGGCAGAAAGGUUUAGGAAGAAAAAUGGGAAAGCAAAUAGCCUUAUGAAGAAACAUGGACUAAUGGCAGUGGAUAAGGUGGAGAGGACACCAGAAUUUAGAAAAAAGAAGAGAUUUAAGUUUUGGUGUGAAAUGUGUUUGGUCGGUGCAUAUUCUGAGGUGGUAAUGGAAACUCAUAAAAAGGGGAAGAGGCACAUUGCUCGACUCCAGGAACAUGACGAAAACAAUGCAGCCGCGUCUGCUACCACCACCACCACUGAUACAGUCACUGAGCAGGCAUCCCUUGAUUGGACUGAGAUGCUAAAUGACACUGAUGUGGUGGCCAACGAAGCAAAGGACAAGCAAAUGGAUGUUCCCGAGACAGAUUGUUGUAAUCAUUCUCCUGUUGUAAAUUGAUUGGCAGAACUGUAGACAAAACCAACUCUCUAGACUUGGUUUGGGAGCUGUGAAAAUUGCUCUCUCUGCAACUUUGUACUAUAUGAGACUUUUAAUUAGAUGUUGGUUUUUUUUAUCUGAAAUCCAAAAUUUAAUGAGGUGACCAUGGAUUUGCAGUAAAAAUACCAUUAAUUUGACCCUGCUGCACAUUUCAAAUUGCAGAUAAACCAGGCCUGAAUUUAGCUGAAAGCUGAAUAGGACCAGUGCUUUUCCAGCAGGUGUGCUACUGGCAAAUCUCCAAGAAAUUUGGCUGGAAAUUUCUCAUAACAGUGUGUAUUUCUACCGACGGUUACAGUAGUGACGGAAGUGGCUAUGGCAACCCUGAAAUACCUUAAACAAAGGAUGGCAAGUAACAUCCCUGUCCGAGGCCUAAACGUCGGGUUUCAUUGAGGAAUCACAAUCCGAUUCUGGAGGGUGCAUGAAGUGAGACUUAACCUAACAUUUAAACUCCCAUCCUUUGUGACAUCUGAACUAACUUCACCGAGCGCUUCGGCAUCAAUCUGUGUCUGCAUUUGCUUCAUGGGCUCGGUGAGGACCCACCCACCGUGGAUUUUCGUUUGCAUAUUCUGAUCGAAAGUGACAACAAACUUGCAGGCUACUCCAAAUUUUUACCCAAUUCAUGUACGAAAAGGAAGCAGCCGGCAG